AGGGCGCACGCGAGGGCGCACGCCCCGGUCCCAGCUACACAGCUGAGUGGGCUUUAAGCAGUCACGAACGAGUCCUCGUUCGUUGCAGCUGCACCGAUCGUGGCUCGUCUCUUCGUCUCUUUUUUCUCCCUUCACCCUUCUACGAGUUCUACAUAUCUUUCUCUAGCAUCCCUCUUUCUCCAUCUUCCCUUUUAGCUUUCUUUCUUUCUCUUUCUCUCCCCUCCCCGACCAAUCCCACUCUCCCACCCCCCCUCUCCCCGCCGCCAUUCGUCCCGCUUUCGUCCGCUUCGUCGUUGCAUGCGAAUCCUCGUGCUAAUCCUCGCAAUUUUUCGCGUCGCGCGUGUCAACGUCGAAAGGGAAGCAACGCCGUCUACUCUGGUCUCUUUCGAUCUCGGAACGGAAGGUCCUAUGCUAACGCGUACCUGUUGGGCUCCAUCGGUGAUACAAAGUUGGGAGAAUGGAGCUUAGGCCUGAAAAAUGGCAUGUGUCCAAUGGUAUACCGUCUCAUCCUCGUUCAUUCGCCCAACGAUCGCCGAGGAUAAGUAAGAAAAUCGAAGGUUUCUGCGUUUUUCCUACCUCGAGAAAGGAAGAACUUGGCUACGACCUUAGCAGCGGUGGAAAGAUGUCGAGGAUAUUACCGGCAGGACUUUACCUGCGACCCACGGAGCCGGGCCUGAAGCUCGGCACCACUUGAACCGGUCACCCGUUAGAGAAGGGCAAAUGAGCAGGACGCGGGAUGGGCAAGUCCUGGCUCUUGGCUCUAUUUCCUGCGACGAUGACGACGAUGACGACGAUGACGAUGAUGGCAUACGUCACGAUGGCGGGAGCUGGUACAACCUCGACGCCGUCGUUUUUUACGACGACGACGACGACGACGAAGACGACGACGACCACCACCACCACCACCACCACCAUUACCACCGUCAUGGACAGUAAAUUCGAAAAAAAAAAACCGGAUAUAGAGGAAGCUCUGGACGUGAUCGAGGCAGCAUCCAGCGGAUCGUUGGGGGAAGAGUGCGCGAGUACGGCAGGUUUCAAGUCGCUGCCAGCCGGCGCGUCUCUCGAUCCACGUCGUUACGACACGGCACGUCAGAAAACGGAUAUGACGGCCAUGAUGCUUCAAAACCUCGGCCCUUCCGGUGUUGCACGACACAACGGUCUUUUGGACGUCUUGGCGAAGUCCUUGCUCCUUUCGGUGAACGACGCUGUGGAGGCAAGAGUGAUCGCAUUGAACGCAUCUACCGGGACGGUGAUAAACGCCGUGUGGCUCAAGAGGAGUCCCGGAAGCGUGGGCGAACCGAUCGAGGUCGAAGGCCACGCUCUGCAGGCAGGAUCCAGGCCGGAUCCGGGUCUACCCUGGUUCGAAAAUGCUGGUGCUAGCUCGGGAUUAAGGUCACCGAAGUUCAUGCAGUCACCGCCGAUUGAAUCCUACAGGGGUUGGUGGACCAUCCCGUAUUUCUCCUGCAAGACUCGCCAAUGGCUCAUCUCGUACAGCGUCAACGUGCGCCCCCCGGAUUCUCGACACGGUGUGCGAGAAUUUUUGAGCAUGGAUAUUGAUAUCAGCGGCUUGGAGGUGAAUCAAUGCAAUGCAUCCCCCUAUGGCGAUAGCGCAUCGUCGAGUAAUCAAAUAGCAUCCUUUAGAGGCACCCACAAGUGUCAGGACGAUACAACGCAGUGCGAGUAUCACAGUCCGAACGGUAAGAUCAACGAGCACGGAGUCGGAGCUGGAUGGGCGAAGGGCGCUUACGUUUGCAAGUGUCGACAGGGUUUCUACGGCACGAAUCUCCAACGGACUGGCUUCGAUGGGAUUCUCGUUGAAGCGGCAUGGAAGGAGAUGCAAGAAAAUAUAAGCGACUCUUACGUCAAAACGUUUCGAUGUUUACGCUGCGCACCGGGAUGUGCCAAGUGCAAAGGACCGGAGCCUUGCUUGGCUACUUACCGUUGGCCCUUUAGGAUCACGCUGCUGGCAUUCUCCAUAUUUUGCGUCUUCGGCACCGUCGUCCUCGUGGCCUACAUGUACCAACACCGUAAGCUAAAAGUAUUCAAAGUCGCCUCGCCUAUAUUCCUGUCCAUCACGCUUCUGGGUUGCGCCAUAAUGUAUCUCGAGAUGGCAGCCAUAUUCCCGGUGCUCGACAUGUACUCGUGCAUAGCCACGAAGUGGACGAGGCAUCUCGGCUUCUGCAUUUCUUACACCGCUCUGCUGAUGAAGACUUGGAGAGUAUCGCUGACUUAUCGCGUUAAGAGCGCCCACAAGGUCAAACUGACGGACAAGCAAUUGUUACAAUGGAUGGUACCGAUAUUACUGGUCAUGUUAAUAUACCUUGGUACAUGGACGCUCAGUGCGCCACCGUACGCGGAAGUGAUCGCCGAUAAUUACGGUCUGAAAUUUUAUCAAUGCUCUUUCAAUUGGUGGGACCAUAGUCUAGCCAUUGGAACUCUAUCGGCCGUUUCGUUUCAAGGAGAGAUUCUAUUUCUCGCCUGGGGCAUAAAAGUCUGUUACAACGUUCGAAACGCCGAGAGUCUCUUCAACGAGGCACGGCUGAUAAGCUACGCCAUAUAUAACAUAGCCGCCGUUAACAUCGUCAUGAUCUCCAUCCACCUCUUCAUCUUCCCGCACGCCGGACCGGACAUCAAGUACUCGCUGGGUUUCCUUCGUACUCAGUUGUCGACGUCCGUCACCAUUUUUCUCGUAUUCGGACCCAAGGUGAUUCGGGUCCUUCGAGGACAAGGCGAUCAAUGGGACAGCCGGGCGCGAGCUCGAGGCGUCACCGCGAGUUUCUCGCUAAACGGAAUCGGCUUGGUGCCCGAAGAAACGACCGAUCUCUAUCAGGAGAACGAGGAACUGAAGGAAGAGAUACAAAAGUUGGCGGCUCAGAUCGAGUUCAUGAAAAUCGUUCACAUGGAGAUGCACAACAGGCACAUCAAGCCCAAAGUAGGUGGAUAUUUCAGCGCCCAUGGUCACACCCACGGUCAUCCUUCGGCGGCGCAAAGUCCGAUAGCCAAGAGCUCGACCGCCAGUUUUAUUUUAAAACAGAGCGCGGUGGAACGAGGUGCGUCAGCGGCCGCGGCCGCGGCCGUCGAAGAUUCGACCUUUCCGUCGGGGAGCUUGCAUCGAGCACGAAGAAUGGAGAUGCUUCGAGAGAGGAAGGCCGGAAAGGAGAGGGAGAAGGAGAAGGAAAAGGAGAGGGCCAGAGAGAAGGGCAGAGAAAAGGAAAAGGUUGCCGCUCAGCAGCAAGAGGCGGAACAGAGGGAGCUGCCGCAUUCGAGCUGCGAAAAGGUCUGACUAGUGGUCAACAGCGAAGAGAUAUGGUUGUGACGAAGACAAUACAUCGAUUCGGCUGAAAAGUCAAACGAGAGAAUAUCUUCUCGCACGUCCGCACGAGGAAGGAAGGGAAAAGACUCGAAACGGUUUCUCUCCUCGGUGAUCUCAACCGAGACGAGCUUCCCUUCGAACGGACAAUCCCACGGUGGUCGUAUCGUCUCGUACGUCGCGUUCCUUCGAAACCUUGGCUGAUCGGCUCUUCUCUCUCGAGACGCCGCUCCUCGACGACAGGCAGGAGAGAGGGAGAGAGGGAGAGAGAUCUUCCCUCAAGAAUUUUCUGCGAACGGUCGAUGCGUAUCGAUGAAGAUGCGACGUCGACGAGCGUCAACUUUCGUUCUUUUGGGAAAGACGAGAACGGACGGCGAACUUUUAUAUUCGAUUAAAUCGUUGAAAGUUUAUAUCUAGAUAUAACCAUAUCACGCGUGCGAUCUUUUCUUAUCGAACAGCAGCCUUCUAAUAUCCACCUUCUACGUUCGAAGGUAAACUCGCGAGUGUGGUCGAAUAAAGAGAAAGGAUAAGAAGAGAAAGGGAAGGAGAGCGAAAGGUCGCGUUCGAUCCGAGCAUCGAAUCGAUAUCGGUACAUUGACAAUAUGUGUAGAAGCGACGAAAGGGUUGUUCGCCGCUUUGUUUUUAUAUCUUCACUUAAAGUCGAGUAACCCCGAUGUGAUUACGAGGUAUAACGCCGUAAUCCUAGAUUCGAAUCCUUCUUCGUUUUAGGAACGUGUCCGACUCGCGAUAACCAAAUUAUCGAACGAUUGAUUGCAACGUCGAAGAGAGCAUGCAUCGUUAUGUCAUCUCACGAGUACAAAUCAUUUUACGACAAUAAUCGCUUGCGUGCUCGAUUUCGGGGAAAAGUCCGGCAAGUUUCUUCUUGCGUUUAUCGAUUGCAAAAUCACGCGUUUAUCGUUUCGAUGAAAGAGGGAAAAAGCGAAAAAAAAAAGAAGAAGAAAAGAAAAGAAAACGUAAGACGUCGUCGGCCCUCGUUGCUUUACAAUUUUGUAAGAGUUUACUUAACUGCUGCACUAAUCAAUCUAAAGAUUUGAGAAAAGUAACGAAUAAAAGAGCAAAGAUAUAUCGCUGUUUCUAUCUAACGUAAGAUAUGUAUCGUAUUUAUAUCGUCGUUGUUGAUUAUGCGAUUUAAUCGACGCGCAUGAGAGACUCGCAGCUGUGCUCACGUGGGUAAGCGCGUAACAAGACGCGUGCUUACUCUACGCAGACACGCACGUAAUUACGCGCGCAGAUAAAUACGACGUAUAGACGACGAUCGGUCCGACGAUCUUCGGCGAUCGAUUCGUCGAACAGAAUCGAUGAAUUAAGAUGCACGCGGACCGACGUCGCUUCGAUCUCCAUCUUCCACUAAUCGUAAGUUCGGACGAGCGACUUAACGUUUACGUUUACGAAGGAGAACGAGAAAACGUUCGCGUAUCGAGAUCGACGUGUUCGAAAAGCUUUUACGAAAAGGUCGAACGAAGGGACGGCUCGAGUAGCGCGAAGCAAGUCAAUUUGGAAAUUUAUCGCGGAAACUGUAAGGAGAGUCUGGUCGCGAGUAUUGGACGACGAAUGUGUCGGGUCGGUCGACUGCCGCGACAUACGCAACUACGUCACGAGAGGCAAGCUACAUAGUGAACCGAGAACUUAGGAUCGCCGCGAUUUUCUUUUGUCCGACAUAGUUUCCAAAGCUCGCGACGUAUAUAAGUACAUAAAUAAAUUAACGAUUAAGAGAACGAAACAUGCUGUAGUAUACACGCGCGCGUAUGUCGCUCAGUUAGUAAAAAGUAUAAAAAAGAAUUAUUGUACGUGCUUAUAAAAACGCGAUCAUAGCUUAGUCGUAGGACGAUAAAAGACGAUAGAACCGCGUCCAAAUCCGAUUCGACUCCGAGGAAUCGAGCGAGACUGUGAGACAGCCAGACAACGCAACGUGUCUCUGCGUAGGCUACGAGACGAUCGUCGUUUUCGUUCCCACUUUAAUCGUUACUUUGAACCUCGACGUUCGACGUUCAACGAUCUCUCCAAGUACGAUCGUUUCGUUUCGUCGGCGCGUAUCCAAUCGAUACUUAUCGAGCGAUACGUUUUCUUAUAUUUUGCGAAAAAGAAGAACAAAGGAAGAAGAAAGGGAACACAAGGGAGAAGGAAAGAAAGGGAAAACUUGGCGACUUUGUUCGAUCCGAUGGAAAAUGCGAACGAACGUGACAAAGUGGACGUUAAAAUAAAUGUGAUAUGUAAAUUUGUCGUCCACUUUAAUUCUUUCUUAAUUACGGCAGAACGGCGUAAACAAUUAUUCUCGCGGUAACGAUUCUCUCGGGGGAAGAAAUUUUAAAAAUUUUCCGUCGAGUAUCCCGAUACACAACAUGUGAAAUAGAAAAAGGAAUUAACGUCGUUCUCUCGUACGCACGCACGCACGCAUGGUGGGGCAGGCACGCUCGAGUACGUACUUGGACGGUUUUACAACGGCAGACGGCAAUAAUGAUUUUCACGAGUGGUUCUUUGUUCUCGCGACGCGUAAAAGGCGUUAAGGGACGAGGAAAGAAAGAAAGAAGGAAGGAAGGAAGGAAGGAAGGAAGGAAGGAUCGCUUUUGAUGUCGCCUAUCGUGAAUACCUCCGCGUUUCGACGAAAGCGUCGAUUAGUGUCUGUCGAUCCCCUUUUAAAUGCAAAAAAACGUUGACGCGAUCGAAAAUAUUAUACACUCCGUGAAACUCGUUGAUCGAUCCUCGCUUAUCGCAAGACUUGGCGCAAGGAAAAGGAAACGCAAACGGUAAGAUUCUCGUUUACGGAGAGUCCCGUAGAUGCGCUCGUCGCAUACGUCGAAACGUCGAUGAACGAUUUGACAAUACGGUACAUAAUCGUCCUCCGAUCGUUCGAGUCGAGAGGGAACUUGAGAAACGGGAGUAAGAAGAAAAGGAAUUUCGUAAGAUAAUUCGUUCCAAGGCAACAAGUCCGCGUACAACCGAAAAACAUAUUUGUAAAGAUGUACUGUAUGUCGAUGAAUAUAACGAUAAAUGAGA